AUGCCACCCUCAACACCCUCCUCCCUCUCAGCCUCCCCCAAACUCGCCUUCAUCGUCCCAUCCUCAAACACAGCAGUCGAAGCCCUCACCAUCUCCAUGCUCCACUCCCUCCCCAAAAACAUCACCAUCAUCCCAAUCUUCACCCGCAUCCGCGUGCAGACCCUAGGCACAGACCCGUCCUCCCUCGCCCAGUUCAACAACACGGAAACCUUCACCACCGCAUCCCAACUCCUCUCCGACGCCCAACCCGCCGCCAUCCUCUGGAACGGCGCAUCCGGAAUGUUCGUCGGCGGAGCCCUCGCCUCGGAUCAAGCACUCGCCAGGGCCAUGAGCGAUGCUACCCCGAACAAGACGCCCUGUAGCACUACCACCCUCGCCACCUGCGCUGCGCUGGAAUUCCUCGGCAUUAGGGACAUUUCCAUCGCAGUUCCUUACACGCCCGAAUUGACAAAGCGAGUCUCGGACUUCUUCACCAACGAAGGCUAUACUGUCCAUUCCGCAUGCUGUAUGGACACCACGCCGGCCAGCAACAUUGAUAUUGCCACGUGCAGUCCCGAGGAGAUCAGGGAGGUAAUCAGACGUUCUGUCGUUCCGGGCAAGACACAGGCCGUUCUCGUUGCUUGUACGAAUUGGCCGGCAGCGCCUCUCGUCGCCGAAUUGGAGGCCGAAUUGGGGGUUUGUGUUCUGGACAGCGUGGCGGUAACGCUGUGGCAUGGGUUGAGGAUGAUUGGGGCUCAAGGUUCACAUUAUAGUGACUCGAUGAAGCAGUGGGGCAAAUUGUUCUCUCCGUAG